AAACGCUUGGAGGAGAGCUGCGUUCUGGGCUGACUUGCUCCGGUUUUCCUAACAUUCUUUGGAGAGCCACUCCCAUGGCGGAGCGUGGAGGAGCGGAGCAGCAGGAGGACCCCACUGCUUCUCCAGUUUCACCUCCCCCUGACAUGAGGACUGCUCGUUUCAUGGUUUUGCGGAAUCGUGUUGACAUCCCCACCUUUGGAAAUCCGUUUGGAGUGUUUCUGAGGGAAUAGCCUGGAUUCACCGACCGGCCAGCUUCAUUUUUUUUCAGCUUCAACCGUCGUCUGUUGGAAGAAAAGGAAGCACCUGAACGGACACCUGUGUGACCAGACAACGCCUGAGCUUUAUGGUGAAUCCCGUUGGACUAACCUCGCGUGAUUUCAGGCCCCAGUCAUGUCUUCUCACCUCCUUGUGUUCAGACCACCAUCUUUCUGGCUAAUGCUGCUCAUUGUCUUCCUGCUGCUGCCAUCUGGAGUCCAUGGCCAGGGUCGUCUGAAGCUGACAGUUCUGUCUGCGGACCGAUUGCAGAUGAAGUGGAAGGAGGCUGAUGGACCCGUUCAAGGCUACAAAGUUCGGAUCAGAACAUUGUCCGAAGAGCAACAACCAGAGCUGAUGCUGACCACCACCCGAGGCCGGGCAACUGUGGCAGGACUGGACUCUAGUCAGGAAUACUCCCUCCAGGUGUUUGUUCUGAGCGGGACGACAGAGAAGCUUCUGGCAAAAAGGCGAUUCACCUUGGAGGGUCUCCGAGAGGAGGAGAUGAUCCGCAGUGGUAGCCGUGAGAACCGUAGGAAGCUGAUCCCAGGCGGGUCGGGCUCUGGAGAUCUAGACGAUGCAAUGGCCGUUCUACUGGACCUGCCGACAGUUCUGUUUCCAGAGCCCACUAUAAGCACUGCUGCCACUGUCACAACUGCGGAGCCCUCAGCCACAGAAACCCCAUCUGCACACCCUGAUGAGACCCCAGAGAAAAGCACCAGAGAGAAGAGGAAGAGGAAGAAAGAAAAGGAGCAACAAAGUUCCACGGUGGAAAACAAGGAGGAGCAGGGGAUGAAACAGGGGAUUCGUCCGAGGAAACCAUAUGAGUGUGACAAAGACGCGGCGGCAGACAUCAUGUUAUUGGUUGACGGCUCCUGGAGCAUUGGACGCACCAACUUCAGGCGAGUCAGAGACUUCCUGGAGGGUCUGGUGACACCCUUCACCAUUGGACCAAAUCACAUUCAGAUUGGGCUGACCCAGUACAGUGGAGACCCUCGCACAGAGUGGCACCUCAAUAACUUCACCACGAAGAACCAGCUGUUGGAGGCAGUGAGGAACUUUCGAUAUAAAGGAGGAAACACAUUUACAGGACAGGCACUGCUCCACAUCAUGGAGGAAAACAUGAAGCCUCAGGCAGGAGCCAGAGCCAGCGCUCCAUUUUUCUUGGUCCUGUUGACUGAUGGGAAGUCUCAGGAUGAUGCCAUUGCAGCAGCUAACCGGCUGAAGAAUGCAGGCGUGGAAAUCAUCGCCGUAGGUGUGAAAAACGCUGAUGAAGCUGAAUUAAGGCAGGUAGCAUCAGAGCCAGUCGAUCUGAAUGUCUACAAUGUAAAUGACUUCCCCCUGCUCAGCAAACUGGUGGCUCGGCUGGUUCACAUCCUAUGUGGGAGGAUAGAGGACCGUGGCAUCUCAAAACGAAUGGAGCCUAGACCUACAACAGAGCCAGUCCUCUCCUUUCCCAGUCCUACUGAUCUGCGGUUUUCCCAACUUGGAGCCAAACAGGUGAAGCUGCACUGGACUAAUCCUGCCCAGUCGGUCCAGCAGUACAGAGUGGUUUACCACAGUGCUGAGAGUCAGAGUCCGCAGGAGGUGGUGUUGUCCGGCUCUGAGUCCAAUGUUCUGCUUGAAGACCUCUCCUCUCAGACACUGUAUCAUGUCUCCAUAUUUCCUGUGUAUUCCAGCAGCGUUGGCUUGGCACUCAGAGGAACUGUCACUACAUUGCCUCUGGCCAUGCCGACCAACUUGGAAGUGACACCCUCCUCUUACAGCACUCUGCAAGUGAGCUGGAGUCCAGCUCCUGGUGCUUCUCAUUACAUGAUCCUAUACUCAGCACUCAGUGAUGGAGAGCCUGAUGAUGCCAAGGAGGAGAAAUUCAGUGCAGGGCAGACAGUGGUGGAGCUUGAAGGCUUGCUACCAGAAACAGACUACUCUGUUACACUUUAUGCUCUCUUCGAUGAAGAUCCCAGCGAUCCGGUUACUUCAGUUUCACGCACAUUACCCCUCCCGGCGCCAGUUGGAAUUCAGUUCCCGAUUAUAACCCACAGUAUGAUAAAGGUGAGCUGGGUCCCUGGUGCUGUGGACGUCCCAGGCCACAGAAUCACCUACAGCACCAACCAUGGCAGUGACAUUAAGCAGAUGGAGGUAAAAGGGCAGAACUCUGUGCUGGUGCAGAGCCUUUCAUCCCUGUCCAGAUACCUGGUUUCAGUCCAGUCUCACUACCCGCAAGGCCUGUCUGCCACACUCACCAGUAACGUCACAACGCUGAAGGUGCCUUCUCCAUCAGAUCUCAGGGUGACUAAUUUCUCAGGCAGUGAAUUCACGGUUCGCUGGGAGGCAGCAGCAGAUGAUGUGGUUUAUUACCUAAUCAAAUGGAUCUCCUUAAGUGAAGGAGAUCUGAGGCAGCUGAAGGUGAAUGGAGACAAUGACGGGGCUAUCCUGGAGGGCGUGGAGGAGGAUAAAGAAUACCAAAUCUCUCUGUCUGCACUCUAUGGAGAUGGGGCUCAGAGUGAGGCUGUGGCCAUUAGAUACAGUACUUUGUCAGGCGGAGGCCCCUCCAGUGUGUCCGUUUCAGAAGAAACUGCAGUGAGCAUGGUGGUCAGCUGGCUGCCUCCAAAUGCUCACGUCCUCCAUUAUCGCGUGUCUUACACACCACUGACGGGAGCCGAGACCCAGGACAGAACUGUGUUGGUCCCAGGUGGUCAUAAGCAGGUGGUGCUGGAGUCAUUACAGCCAGAUACACGGUACAGCAUCUUGGUCACUGCUGAGUAUCGCAACAGAGAGGGAGGCAGCGGCUCAGCUCAAGGCAAAACCACCAGUCUACGUGUGAGCAGCAUAAGCGUGGUCAGGUCAGACCAUACCAGUAUUUGUUUGUCGUGGAGACCAGUCUCUGCCGUUGAUGGAUACCGUGUUGUUAUACAGUCAGUUAAAGACAAGCAAACAAAACAGGAAACUGUGGAUGAGUCCACCAGCAGUUACUGCUUCAACAGCCUGGAACCUGAAACUCUGUAUCGCAUCAGCGUGCACUCGCUUCUGGGCUCUGCAGAGGGCGCUGCCGUCUCCAUUCUCCAUCCUACAGCUCCAGCCAGAAUUCCUAUCCAACCACGGAUAUAUCCUGUCCACAAUGAAGUCUGUCCUGAAAUCACCAUCCAGAACAGCAUUGUUAAAGGUUUUAACAUGAUGGAAGCGUUUGGUCUGACACAGAAAGCUCACUCAUCAGUAGAGGGUGUGGCAGCCGAGCCUUUUGUCUUUAACACUCUCCCCACCUACACCUUGUACAAAGAUGUGCAGUUGACACAGAGUACCAAGUUUAUUCACCCUGCAGGUUUCUCUCCAGAGCACACCAUCAGCAUCACUUUUCGCCUGCUGCAGGAUACGACGAAAGAGGCCUUUGCUCUCUGGCAGCUCACUGACAAUGACUUCCAGCCAAAGAUGGGAGUUGUAAUCGACCCUUCUACCAAACAUCUGAUGUACUUCAGUCUAGACUACAGGGGAGAAGUGCAGGAGCUCACCUUUGAUCAGCCUCUGGUUCACAAGAUUUUCUAUGGAAGUUUUCACAAGGUUCACCUGUCUGUUAGCCAGGUGAGUGUUUCCCUGUCUGUGGACUGUCAGCCUGUUGGUGAAAGGCCAGCUCGCCCUCUGGGAAACCUGCCAACCGAUGGAUUCGAGAUGCUGGGAAAACUGGUGAAAACCAGAGGACCUAAUAGCGGCUCAGCCCUGUUUCAGCUGCAGUCCUUUGAGAUUGUCUGUAAUACCACAUGGGCUUCCAUGGAUACCUGCUGUGACCUGCCUGGAGUGAGGGAUGAGGAGAGCUGUCCUGCUGCACCGUAUACAUGUACCUGUUCCUCCAACAUUCCUGGAGCUCCUGGUCCCGCUGGACCCAUUGGUAGACCAGGUCCUCAAGGGGAGAAAGGUGAUAAGGGAGAGCAAGGCCAAAAGGGGGAGGUGGGGCCCCCAGGAAAGCCUGGAUUUGAGGGGGGUCUUGGACCUCUAGGCAGCGUUGGACCGCGAGGCAUAACAGUCCAAGGCAAAAUGGGUCCACCAGGAGCGAGGGGAGAAAAAGGAGAUCCUGGGCGAUCAGGAGUACAAGGUUUACCUGGACCGCCAGGUCCAAAGGGAGAAGAGGGGAUCCCAGGGCCCAAGGGUAUUAGAGGCGUGGAAGGAAACAUUGGGGCCCCAGGCAUCACUGGCGCCAGGGGUUUCCAAGGGCUUCCAGGACACCCAGGACCUGUAGGGGAGAGGGGUCCCUCUGGACCUCUUGGACCAACAGGACUGCCAGGAAAUAAAGGGGAUCGAGGUGAAAAGGGGGAACCUCAGUCUAUGGCCAUGAUCUAUCAGCUGGUCACACAGGCCUGUGAACAACUAGUACACAAUGAGGUUUUAAAGCUUGAUAUGUUCAUCAAUGAGAUUGGUCGAAAGCCCGUUCCUAUUGAAGAGCCAUUGGGUCCCCCAGGGGAACCUGGUAUACCAGGGUCCAGGGGCCCACCAGGUGCCAGGGGCAACCAGGGGAAUGUCGGCUCAAGAGGGAGACCUGGGAGGCCUGGAUAUCCAGGAGAGCAGGGACGGAGAGGUAUUCCUGGAGAAAAAGGGCUUUCGGGGAAUAACGUCCAGGGGCCCUCAGGGAUCAAAGGGUUUGCAGGUCCUCCAGGGGAGUCCAAGCUAGGGGUUCCAGGUCCGAAAGGAAACGAUGGUAAGCCAGGACCACUAGGGGCCCUUGGGCCUUCUGGUCAGCCAGGAGAGAUUGGACCACGGGGUGUAUGUGACAGCAGUGGAGGCUGUCAAAAUAUUCCCCAGCAAACAGAAGACCCUUAUUAUGGCUACCAGCCUUGAGAGGAGAAAACAAACAGUGACUAUGAUGGACAUCAGUAUGAAAGGACCGUGGUUCCUUUAAAACUGAGCAAGAGCAACAAGAGGCCUGUUUACCUGUUGUCAUUUUCCAGUCUUCAUCCCAUUUGAAAUCUCCAGAGAAAUUUACCUAAAAUGAAUCAGAGCUUUCCAGCAUCAAAUAGAAUAACUGUUGAUAAUAGAAAAAAGUUCUCAGUUGAAUCAGUGUUUAUUAUACAAACAGCACUGAAAGCUUUUAUUGCUGUUUUCAUGUAUCAUGCACUGCAUAAAGUAACAAUUUCAUUAAAAACCAUACCAUGUGGUGCGAACGGCUUUUUUCACGUUAUAUAAAUAAUACUGUGAGAGUACUUUUAUAUAUAUAGAUAAUUUGUAUAUUUUUUAUAGUAUUUGCUGUAUUUUUCUUAAUUCAUGUGUAUUUUAUGUGGUGUAAGUUUCAUCUGGAAACCCCCGUUUACAUUUUUUGAUGUCUUGAGAUUGGCGAAUUUAAAAAAAUGUUAGUGUUGAAUAAAAUCUUUGAAUUAUUGUGAAA